CCCGAACAUCCCAACGGUCACCAGUAUCCGACGGACCGUUGCCGCCGUUUGGCGAUUUUCUGCGAGAUUUUUAAGUUUUGUUUUUACGCUGUGUGUUUAUUUCGUUUUUUACAACCCUAUAUCCGGGCCAUAGUAGUAUUCGAUAAUAAUAAUUUUCUCGUAUUUCGAUUUCUUCGAAUUUCCGAACCAACGUUUUUUUUACAAACCGCCACUGUAGUUCGAAGAACGAAUACUUUGUCGAAUAUUACACAUCGUACACCGUACAUAUAGGAGUUCGCGGGUUAUUCAGCAUCACGCCGAUUGACCGUAAACAACGAACAUUACGUUGCUAUAAAAACACAGUUGCAGAACGUCCAAUCGCGGGCAACAGCACCAAAAGUCGACGAGACUACGAAGUAUCAUUAAAGUUUAAAAGGGAAUAUCAUAUCAAUCUAUCGAGAUGCAUUCCUACAUCAAAAAAUUGGGUUUCCUGUACAAGACGUACGUGCUCACGAUCCUCACAUUGGGUUACUUGACAUCUGAAAUGGGACAUUUCUUGAUCGGAGUAACCAGCAAGGCGACGGCUCGAGACGUACAUUACGGAGACAUCAAAUGUCAACUUCUGGAACACUUGGCCGAUUCGACCGUGUUCAACUACACUUUACACGAACGCUGCGAUACGUCACCCGACCAGAGAUCGUGCGAGUUGUUAGUCCUGGAAGACGGUUCACCGUUCUGCGAAUGGAACUACAACGGACUCGGUUUCCAAUAUCAACUAUUGGCGGGACCGGCGUUCAUCGCCGUCUACUCCAUCGUAGGCGUAUUCUUCGGAAUGGCUGCAGACAAAUUCAACAGAGUACGACUUCUGUCUCUGUGCACGUUGAUCAGUGCCGCGGCUAUCGGACUCAUUGGUAUGGCUACCAGCUACUGGCAUCUGAUACUUCUCAGAAUCAUGCUUGCUGUUGGCGAGGCCGGUACCAAUCCCUUGUCCACGGGAAUACUGUCCGAUUUGUUUUCAGAGGAAAAACGAGGUUUAGUCAUGGCGAUCUUUAACUGGGGAAUUUACGCUGGUAUUGGUUUGGCUUUUCCAGUCGGCCGAUACGUUACUGAAAUGAACGUUGGUGGUUUGGGAUGGAGAGUGCCAUACUAUGUCAGUGGAAUGAUUGGAUUGAUCGUAGCAGCUUUAGCUAUCACCACAAUGACUGAACCUAAGAGACAAGCAAUCAGCGAAGAAGCCGAUAAUGAUAACAAUGAAACAUCGAAACCUCGUUCCGCAGUACAAAACACUACUUCUACACCGACUGAAAGUUCCGAGAAAACCUCCAUCUGGAAGGUCCUUUUCCAACCAAAAAUUUUAAUUUUGUGCAUUGCAGCUUCUAUCAGACACACUGGAGGAUUCUGUUUCGCUUACAACGCUGACCUGUUUUACCGUGACAUCUUCCCGGGUUACGAUUUGGGUUGGUCUUUGUUCGUCGUCACAUUCUUGGUCGGUAGCGUUGGUGUUGUAAUCGGUGGAGUUACUUCCGACAGUAUUGUGAAGAAAUACGGAAUAAGAUCUAGAGUAGCUGUGCUAGCUAUAAGUCAGUUGAUCGCUACACCUUUUGCAUACGGAAGCAUUUACUUAGGACCAACCGGUGCCAUGGUGACACUCGCCAUAUCUUACUUAUUCGCCGAAAUGUGGUUCGGUAUCUUGUUUGCCAUACUCGUCGAGUCUGUACCGAUGUCUGUCCGAUCAACAACUGUUGGUGCAUUCCUGUUUUGGAUGAACAACUUCGGUGGUAAUGUUCCAAUGUUUGUGGAACCCGUCAGAAAAGCAUACGACUACAAAACAGCUUUGGCUAUUUUCUACGCCGGUUUCUACUUAUUGAGUUCAUUGAUGUUUGGUACGACUGUAUUAUUCAUGGGAAAGAAAAAAUCGAAGAACACUAAUGUUCACACAUUAGCUGGUAUCGAAAAUGGAGGCUUCAAGAAUACUGAAUUGGAAAAUGGUCUUAAAGGUUAUCCAAGCCUAGAAAACCAUCUUUAAAAAG